UUUUUUUUUUUUUUCUGCCCCCCCCCGGGGGCGGUCCCGGGCCGGGCUGGGCGGGGCGAGGGCGGCAUUUAGGGUUUUGGCAGAGCGGGGGCUGCUCAGACUUGCUCGGGACUUCCCCGGACGUGCCGGUGCGCUCCCGCAGCCCCGGGCACCGACGGGCACCGGGACCGGGACCGGCCAUGCCGCCGCUGCUGCCGCUGCUGCUGCCGCUCUGCCUGCGCCUCCUCCGCGCCGAGCCGCUCGCCUUGCCCCCAGAAAAACCAGUCAACAUCUCCUGCUGGUCCAAGAACAUGAAGGACCUCACCUGCAAGUGGGCCCCGGGGACGGAAGGGGAAACCUUCCUGCACACUAACUACACGCUCAAGUACAAGCUCAGUGACCACGGACCCGCCGUCCGACGUGCACGUCAGCCGCGUGGGCGACCUGGAGGACCAGCUGAGCGUGCGCUGGAGCUCGCCGCCCGCGCUCAAGGAUUUCCUCUUCCAAGCCAAGUACCAGAUCCAGUACCGCGUGGAGGACAGCUCGGAGUGGAAGGUCGUGGACGACGUGGGCAACCAGACCUCGUGCCGCCUGGCCGGCCUCCGCCCCGGCACCGUCUACUUCGUCCAGGUGCGCUGCAACCCCUUCGGCAUCUACGGCUCCAAGAAGGCCGGCAUCUGGAGCGACUGGAGCAACCCCACGGCCGCCUCCACCCCGCGCAGCGAGCGGGCGGCGGGGGGCUGCGACCCCAAGGGCGGCGAGCAGAACACGACGCUGCGGCGGGAGCUGAAGCAGUUCUUCGGGUGGGUGAAGAAGCACGCCUACGGCUGCUCCAACCUCAGCAUCAAGCUCUACGACCAGUGGCGCGUGUGGCUGCAGAAAUCGCACAAAACACGCAACCAGGUAGGUUCUACCCGGCGAUAAGUUGUAGCCCCCGCGGGGCCGAGCGCCGGCAGCACGGCACGGGGCGCCCGGCGCCCGCCCGGGGCCACCCUCGCCCGCCCCGUCCCCGCCGCCGCGCUGCGCCGGGGGGGGGCAAGAAGGCACCUGGGGCAAGGAGCAAGCCCGCACCCCGCUGCAAAGGGGGGCCGGAGGGGGCGAUCCGGGGGGUGCGGGCUGGGGCUGGCCCUGGCACCCCCUUGAGGGCAGCGGCGCCGCCGUCAGCCCCCUGGGAGCGGAGCCCCCCGCGUCCUCCCGCGGCCCACGGCGCCGAGGGGACCCCCCCCAGCACGGGAGGGCUCGGGGCCUUUGUUCCGUAACCGCAGGCUGGAGCAGCAGGGGGAUGAAGGGGGGAUCCCCCCCCCCGGGAGGUGCAGCUCCCCCCCCCCCCGGCUGCAGUUUGGAUAUUAUUCCCUGGGGAGGGGAAGGGCUGCGGGUGCCCACGGGGCCGCCUGCGAGCGCACGGGGGGGGUGGGGGUGGGGGGGUCUGUCCCCGGCGAGCCCCGUGGGCUGGUUUGAGGCUGCUGGGGUUUGCUCAGUGCCUGCUCUAAUUUUGAUUCAAACCAGCCUUAUUUUGGUUACAUUUCAGACAAUUAGGAACAGAUUUAAGCUUAAUGCCAAUAAACCUCUCAAACCCCA